AUGCUAGAAAUUAUUGAAAAUGCGAUUGACCGCUACCUUGACACGCAUCGUGAGAACAUUCGUGGACAUGUCGAUAAAAAUCUCGAGGCAACAAAAGGUUCAAUUAUCGAACACUUACCCGAACAUGUAAUCAAAUUCUUAACCCAUCAUUUCGAAAAGAAACGUGAAGAAAGAGGUGGUAGUGGCCACUUUGUGGAAACAUUACUCACAACUAUGACCACAGUUGUCAAAGACAUGUCGCAAGAGUUUAAGGACGAAAUUCGUAAAGCUGCUCGGCAUCACGUUGAUAAAGCCACAGAAGGCACAACCGAUUUUAUCACAGAUACCGCCGUCAAAGAAUCCAAAGUCGCUGUGAGGGCAAUCACUCAUAAAGAGAAAGAGGAGAAGAAACAUCAUUUUUUCAAGAGUUUAGAUUUGAGUUUCUUAGUCGAUGGAAAAGUCGGGAUCGUUAAUAAAAUUUUAGAAUUGAUUCGUCCACCGAUUCAUCGUGUCAACGAAGACAUUAGUGAAAAAAUUAGUAAUUCGUUUCCACAAAAAAUCAAAGCCUUGAUGUUAAAAGAAUUUGGUGGAGGUAUCUUGUCAUCAAAUGAUAAAGACGGUGAUGGUAUACAUGAUGGCCUUCAAGGUGUUUUGGCAAUAUUGGGUGGGGGUGGUGGUGGCGGACGAGGUGCUGAAGGAGGCUCAGAACAUGGAGAUAUAUUUGAUCGAAUUUUGGCACAUCUUCCCGCAAAAAUCCAGGAAUUCCUUGGACCUUUUCUUGCGAAAUUCGAGGAUGGAUUAAUGGAAAAUUUAUCAGGUGAAUUACAUAAUCGUAUAUUUGGGGAAGAUAACUUCAAGAAAGGGGUUCGAGGUUUCUUAAAAGGACACGAGGAAGAAUCAAGUGAACACGGACAUGGUGGUGGUCUUUUAGGUGAAGUUGUUAGUAUGUUCAAAAAGAGAGAUGAUGAUUGA